AUGGUUAAGAGUGAUGCAGUCUACAGUGGAGAUCAUGACAGAGCCAAUAGAACAGAUGACAAACAAACAAGAAGGGAGUUGAAAGCUCUACAGGAUAAGAUUGACAUCCUCAUUGCUGAUAAAGCUACUCAAAAGCAGGUUCACUUUGUUGGUAACCCACAGCAAGAGACACCACCUACUGUCAAUGAAGUUGAAGGUUUGGAAGGCCAAGAGGAAUUGUGCUUCAUUAAUAGCAAUGGUAGCUGUGGUUAUCAGCCUAGAAACAACCAGCAAGGCAGCUAUCAGUCUCAGCAAAACCCUUCAAUUGGCUCCUCUGCUCCUCAAGAGAGCAACACUUAUGCCUUACUGAAGCAAAUAUUAGAGUCUCAGACUAGAAUCAAGACUUUAGAGAAUCAGUUUGCUUCUAUGGCUUCCACCUCCAAGCAGCCAAUGGGAACUCUACCAGGGAAACCAGACCAAAAUCCCACAAAGUACUGCAAUGUUACCCUCUCUACUACUUCUUCAGAGAUUGAGCUGAAUGAGCACAAGAAAGAGGUAGAUGAGAUUGAAAAAUUGGUGUUUGGAACUGAUAUUGGACAGGUUGAGCAACAGAUUGUGACAACAAGUGGGGCAAAGAUUAUGGAGAAAGUAUACAAGCUGGUUGCAGCUAAGGUUGUGAAGAGAGAUGGACACAAGGUUGAGAUGGUCACGCAGGAGGACACCACUGAGGUUGAGCAGUCACCUUAUGAUAAACUCUCAUUUCCACAGAGGGUCCUCACCAAAGCUCAGAAGAAGGUCAUCUCCAAGUUCAGGAAAGAUCUUAGUGAUGUUGAGGUAAAGCUUCCAGAGAUCUCGGGUAUGCGAGAGGCUCGUGUACAAAUGAUGCUCAUCCAGGACAUUCUAACUCACAAAGAUAAGGUAGCAGAGCUCCUGGACUUCUCUACUCUGCAACUUGACCCACAAGUCCCACCAAAGUCUCUCCCUAAACAAGAACACCAGAGGAUGUUUACCUUUUCUUGCUCCCUUGGUAAGCUCACUUUUGAUGAUGCUCUUGUUGAUUCUGGUGAAAGUGUGAAUGUGAUCUCUAUAGAGAUGGUAAAAACUCUAGGGAUUGAGAGCAUGAAGCCAACCAGAUCUUUACUACAGUUUGGGGAUUCUUCUUCUACAACCACAAUUGGUCUCAUCAAGGAUUUUCCUAUGAAGAUUGGAGCAUGCACCAUCCCUGUUGACCUCACUGUCCUAAAGAUGGCAACUGCAAAGAUGUUCCCACUCAUCCUUGGCACUCCAUUUCUCACAAUUGUAGGAGCUUGCAUAGACUUUGAUAACAAGAAGGUCACACUCCUCAAAGUGAACAAAGCUGUCUCAUAUCCUCUCCAGUCCCUAGAGAUGAAGUCUGUGUAUUGUGGAACAAUCACUUGUGAAGCAUCAUCCAUUGAGAAACCAAAGGCUGAAGUGCUGUAUGUUGAGAAAUAA